GGAGAAGUAGGGAGAGGAUGAAGUUGGCUGUCCCGUCGGGUGUACGGCGGAGGGGGGGCUGGCGUGUGAAGUUGAGUUGCGGCUCGAGACUACCCCCGACGUGGGGCAAUGCUCCCACCGAGGUCCUCCCAGUGGUUGAGUCCGGCCUGGCCUACCGGACCUGCUCGAGCUCCGUCCGCCGCGGCUCCGCUCGGCUCCCAGCGCCGCCUCCUGCCGACCCGCCCGCGGCGGCGGCGCUUCUGUGGGUGGGGGAAGGCAGGACUGACGCAGAAUGACAACAGCAACGCGACAGGAAGUUCUUGGCCUCUACCGCCGAAUUUUCAGGCUUGCGAGGAAAUGGCAGGCGUCGUCAGGACAGAUGGAAGACACCAUUAAAGAAAAAGAGUACAUAUUAAAUGAAGCCAGAACACUGUUCCAGAAAAACAAAAAUCUGACAGACGCAGACCUGAUUAAGCAGUGCAUAGAUGAAUGCACAGCCAGGAUUGAAAUUGGACUGCAUUACCAGAUUCCUUACCCAAGGCCAAUUCAUCUGCCUCCAAUGGGCCUUACCCCACUACGUGGCCGGGGACUUCGAAGCCAGGAAAAACUGAGGAAACUUUCUAAACCAAUAUAUCUCAAGUCUCACGAUGAGGUUUCCUAAUCCAGAAGAAAGGUUAUUUCUCACAAUGAGCCAACUAGGUCUUGAAUGUAAACCAGAUGACAAAACCCUUCUAUCUGAUUAGGGGCAAAAAUUUCAGUAUCUUCUUAACCCCCCCGCCCCCCCAAAUAUUGGUACUCACCGUAUGCUGUGUGCUGCUCACAGUUUGUCAGGGUCUUGCUGCCUGUAUGGACCAUACAGAUCUUAGAGGUCAUGAACCUUCCAUCCUCCCUGAAGCAUCAUCUGGAAACAAGACUCAGGCCUAUAGGAGGAAGACUGAAGAAUGACAAAGCUUUUCAUGGGAAGGCCAUCGCUAGACAUGCCAGCUGAUACAAAGAAAUUACCCGGUGGCCGGGAGGCCUCAAACAGUAUACACCACCCUCAGAAUAUUCUGAGGCUGUUUUUCAAAUUAUAGAUUUGCUUGAAAGUGG